AUGGUGAACUCAAAGAAUAAUAACUCGGGAAAGAAGACUUUUGGCGUUUCUUUUCUUACUAAAUUGGCCAUAUUUUCUGCUUUCAUUGGGACCUUAAACACAUUUACUACUUCUAGUAACAAUGGUGAAUGCUCAAAUAACCAACUUGCGGUUGGAUCCGUGUCAACCGCAGAAUACAGUAGAUGCUUAGCGGAGAAUGGAGAACCAUUAGGAUCGUCCUCCCGCAACAAAAAAAGCAAAGAUGGGUCAGGAAAAAAAAAAAAAAAAACAGGCAACAAAAAGGGCACUAAAAAAAGCACUAAUAAGGGCAACAAAGAAAGUGAAUCCUCAUUAGAAGACUUACCAUGCUGCACUGAUAUGCCCCCAGAAGUUAGCGAACAAGACAUGGAACAAUUAGGAAACAUGUUUCAGGAAUUAUCAGAGAAGUUAAAUGUACAAGAAUAUAUAGAUCAAUAUAAGGGAGACAUGGAAGAAUUAGCAAAGAAAUUUGAGGAAGGUGAUCUGGAAAAUAUGGACAUGGACGCAUGUAAUAAUUUAUUUGGAAAUUUGACAGAGUCUUUAAUAGAGGCAUAUGCUAAAGAUGCAAGUGCUGAGAAGAAAAAGAAAAUGAAGGAGAAUGCCCAAAAAGCUACCCAGAAGAUGCUUAAAUACUGUGUGAAAGAGAAGACGAAACACAAAAAAAUGAAGGAAAAGGAUGAACAGAAGAAAGAAAAGAAAAAAGCAAAGAAAAAGGGAAAGAAAAAGAAAAAGGGCCAUAAAAAGGAAAAGGAAGAGUUAAAGGAACAGGAAGAGAUAAAGGAACAGGAGGAGGAAAAGGAAGAGGAGCAGGAGGAGGAGGAAAAGGAACAGGAAGAGGAACAAGAAAUGGAGAAGGAACAAGAAAUGGAGAAAGAACAAGAAAUGGAGAAAGAACAAGAAAUGGAAUAUGGACAAGAGUAA